AAACGUGGCCUAUUAUUAUUGUUUCGACCCGACCCGACCCAUCGCCGUAUAAAGAGAGUUAUCAUCACCGUCGUUAGGGAGCCUAGGGUUUAAAGCAACCAUCUCCGCCAUGAAAUCGCGGCGGCUGAACCUCUCGGUAGAAUCAAGUAUCUCCGCCAUUUCCCGAUGCAGUUCGCGAUCUCCAACCUCAACGAACGGGGGAGAAAACUCAGAGCCAAUCCCAGCCGACCUCAUUUUCGAACUUCUCUUGAGACUCCCGGCGAAAUCUAUAGCGAGAUGUCGCUGCGUAUCGAGCCUCUGGUCUUCCAUACUUAUCCGUCCUGACUUCACAGAGCUCUUCUUCACCAGAUCUUCAUCUCUCCCGCAGCUUCUCCUCUCCCGUCAAGAAAACGACGAGCUGCUCUUCUUCACUGCACCUCAGGCGGUCCAUACCUCGUCUAUUAUAUCCCCAAAUCACCAUAAGAAGAUCCCCUUUCUUAGUACCUCUCAAAUCUGCGGCCACCUCCGAGGUUUGAUCUGUCUUACACACCAGCGGACCGUGAAGAAAAGGAAAGAAACGGUCCCGGUGAUGUUUAACCCCAGCACCGGAGAGUCCUUGGAGUUACCCAAAGUGAAGACGAGUAUGGUUAUGGUGAGAAGCUUUUUCGCUUAUGAUCCAGUUGCUAAGCAGUUUAAGGUAUUGUCAAUGAGCUGGCCAUGCUAUAAAAGCGGAUGGAUAUGUAAGGAUCAUCAAGUUCUGACUUUAGGAAAUGGAAACUUAGCAUGGAGAAUGGUCGAAUGUGGCAUACCACAUCAUCCUACUUACGAUGGGAUAUGCAUCAACGGCUGUCUCUAUUACCAAGCUAUAGUUGAUCGAGGUUCGGGGGUUUCAGCUAUAAUUUGCUUUGAUGUUAGGUCUGAGAAGUUUAGUUUCAUUAGAAAAGCUCAGGGUGCGGCUCUCUGGCGCGAAUCGACUCUUGUAGACUACAAGGGUAGAUUAGGUACACUCACGGCAGAUAGGGAUGAACUUACUGGAGAAAGUAGAUAUAUGGAGAUGUGGCUUCUAGUAGAUGCUGAGAAACAUGAGUGGUCGAGGCAUGUAUAUGUCUUCCCCCCAUCGUGGGGCAAUGUAGCUGGAGAGGCUCAGUUAUACUAUAUCGGAAUGUCUGGUAACAAUGAGGUUUUGUUGUCUCCGCGAUAUCCAUCCAGCCCUUUCUAUGUUUUCUACUACAAUUUCGAGAGGGGAACUAUUAGAAGAGUUGAAAUCCAAAGAAUGGAUGCGCUUAAGCAUGGUAGAAUUCACACCUUUCUAGACCAUGUAGAGGACGUGAAGCUUUACGCAAAUGUGUAGGACUUUAUUUAUAACUUAAGAUUGUAACAGAAGUAUCGUGGCUUCUUAGUUUGAAGUACUAUGUUAUUGAAUGGCUAUUUCCUAGUUUAGGUUAUGUUGCCCAGCUUUGUUGGAAUUUUCUGGUUUUUAGAGCAAGGAGGAAUGGUUGUUCUAAAUUAUGUUAUUUUCAGUUUGUGACUUUUGUUUUGAUGAACUUUAUGUUAGUCAUCCACAUGUAAAGACUACAUUGACACUGCGCCAAUCUAUCCGAGAUGUUUAACCUCA